UUUUGAUUAUCUUUUUUCUCAUUUUUCAGAUCUCUGUUUGGAGUCCUUUUCUGGUACAGAUGGUGAAAAAUAUGCAGUGAAAAUUCUGGCCAAUAGUGGAAAUACUGGCUUACCUCCCAACUUAGUAUAGCAUUCCUUCUCUUCAGUAGCACCUCAUAAUAGAAAAAAAAUGUAUGGAAGUGCAAGAACAAUCACCAAUCUGGAAGGUAGCCCUUCCAGAUCUCCUCGUUUGCCAAGGUCUCCUCGUUUGGGCCACAGAAGAACAAGCAGUGGGGGAGGUGGAGGAACAGGCAAGACACUGUCCAUGGAGAAUAUCCAGUCCCUUAAUGCAGCCUAUGCUACAUCUGGACCUAUGUAUCUGAGUGAUCAUGAGGGGGUGGCUUCAACAACUUACCCAAAGGGCACCAUGACUCUGGGAAGGGCCACAAAUCGAGCUGUAUAUGGAGGCCGAGUCACAGCCAUGGGGAGUAGUCCCAAUAUUGCUUCUGCUGGACUUUCCCACACAGAUGUUCUUUCAUACACGGAUCAACAUGGAGGUCUGACUAGCUCAUCUCAUCAUCACCACCACCAGGUUCCCUCCAUGUUGAGGCAGGUAAGGGAUAGCACAAUGUUAGACCUUCAAGCCCAGCUCAAGGAACUUCAGAGAGAGAAUGACCUCCUCCGGAAAGAGCUAGACAUCAAGGACAGCAAGUUGGGAUCUUCCAUGAACAGUAUCAAGACCUUCUGGAGUCCCGAGCUCAAGAAGGAGAGAGUCUUGAGGAAGGAAGAGGCAGCCCGAAUGUCUGUCCUCAAGGAGCAGAUGAGGGUUUCCCAUGAAGAAAAUCAGCACCUGCAGUUGACAAUCCAAGCCCUUCAGGAUGAGCUUCGAACCCAGAGAGACCUCAAUCACCUCCUGCAGCAAGAGAGUGGCAACCGUGGAGCAGAGCACUUCACCAUUGAGUUGACUGAGGAGAACUUCCGGCGGCUCCAAGCUGAGCAUGACAGACAAGCUAAGGAGCUGUUCCUUUUAAGGAAGACCUUGGAGGAAAUGGAGCUGAGAAUUGAAACACAGAAACAGACCCUCAAUUCCCGAGAUGAGUCUAUUAAAAAGCUUCUUGAGAUGUUGCAAAGUAAAGGUUUGCCUUCUAAAAGUCUUGAGGAUGACAAUGAGCGGACACGGCGGAUGGCAGAGGCUGAGUCUCAAGUCAGCCACUUGGAAGUGAUUUUAGACCAGAAAGAGAAGGAAAACAUACAUCUUAGAGAGGAAUUGCACCGAAGAAGCCAACUUCAGCCGGAGCCAGCCAAGACGAAGGCUCUCCAGACUGUCAUUGAAAUGAAGGACACAAAAAUUGCUUCAUUGGAACGAAACAUAAGGGAUCUGGAGGAUGAGAUCCAGAUGCUGAAAGCCAAUGGUGUGCUGAACACUGAGGACCGUGAAGAAGAGAUCAAACAAAUAGAGGUUUACAAAAGUCACUCCAAGUUCAUGAAAACCAAGAUUGAUCAACUGAAGCAGGAGCUUUCAAAGAAGGAGUCAGAACUUCUUGCCUUACAAACAAAGCUUGAAACCCUUAGCAAUCAGAAUUCAGAUUGCAAGCAACACAUUGAAGUGCUUAAAGAGUCGCUUACUGCCAAAGAACAGAGGGCUGCCAUCCUUCAGACCGAGGUAGAUGCACUGAGGUUACGGCUGGAAGAGAAAGAGUCUUUUCUCAAUAAAAAAACAAAACAGCUGCAGGACCUCACAGAAGAGAAAGGGACACUGGCUGGAGAGAUUCGAGAUAUGAAGGAUAUGUUAGAAGUGAAGGAAAGAAAAAUCAAUGUUCUUCAGAAGAAGAUUGAAAACUUGCAAGAACAACUUAGGGAUAAAGACAAGCAACUAACCAAUCUGAAAGACAGAGUAAAGUCCUUGCAGACAGAUUCUAGUAAUACGGAUACUGCGCUAGCAACACUAGAAGAGGCUUUGUCAGAAAAGGAGAGAAUAAUUGAGCGUUUGAAAGAACAGAGGGAGAGAGAUGAUCGAGAAAGACUAGAAGAGAUAGAAUCUUUUCGAAAAGAGAACAAAGACCUGAAAGAGAAGGUCAAUGCUUUACAAGCUGAACUGACUGAAAAAGAGUCUAGUUUAAUUGACCUCAAGGAACAUGCAUCUUCAUUAGCCUCAGCAGGGCUGAAAAGAGACUCCAAAUUAAAAUCUCUAGAAAUAGCCAUUGAACAAAAGAAAGAAGAAUGUAGCAAAUUGGAAGCACAGUUAAAAAAGGCUCAUAAUAUUGAAGAUGACUCCAGGAUAAACCCCGAGUUUGCAGACCGGAUAAAACAACUUGAUAAAGAGGCAUCUUACUACCGUGAUGAGUGUGGCAAGGCCCAAGCGGAAGUCGACCGGUUGCUGGAGAUCCUCAAGGAGGUGGAGAAUGAAAAGAAUGACAAGGACAAGAAGAUUGCAGAACUUGAGAGCUUGACUCUCAGGCAUAUGAAGGAUCAGAAUAAGAAGGUGGCCAACCUCAAGCACAACCAACAGUUGGAAAAAAAGAAGAAUGCCCAGUUACUGGAAGAAGUCCGCAGGCGAGAGGAUAGCAUGGCUGAUAAUUCACAGCAUUUGCAGAUAGAGGAACUGAUGAAUGCAUUGGAGAAGACUAGACAGGAACUAGAUGCCACCAAGGCACGCCUGGCCUCCACACAGCAGUCCCUGGCUGAAAAAGAAGCCCAUUUGGCUAACCUCCGAAUAGAAAGGAGAAAACAGCUGGAGGAGAUCCUAGAGAUGAAACAGGAAGCGCUGCUUGCGGCAAUCAGUGAAAAAGAUGCAAAUAUCGCCUUGCUGGAGUUGUCUGCUUCCAAAAAGAAAAAGACGCAGGAAGAAGUCAUGGCCCUCAAGCGGGAAAAAGAUCGACUAGUGCAUCAGUUAAAGCAGCAGACCCAGAACAGAAUGAAGCUGAUGGCAGACAACUAUGAUGAGGACCACCACCAUUACCACCAUCACCACCACCACCACCACCACCGAUCUCCUGGGAGGCCACAACAUUCCAAUCACAGGCCCUCUCCCGACCAGAUGAUCCAGCUCUGUCGGAGGCACGGAGGCACAGUCAAAUCUCAUGCUGUACAUUGAUCACCUGUCCAACCUUUGCCUAGAGUGGGAGCCCCCAGUUCCUUCAAGAGAUCCAACUUUACCUGUCUGUAAAGAAGAAGAGGAGGAGGGAGACAGCGGGGAGGAUCCGGUGGCAGUAUAACACCAGAGCAGCUAUCAGAAGAGCAGACUAAAGGGGAAAUGCAGCUCUGCAGCAACAUUCUGAUCACCUACUGCAGCGUGGCUCACGUCGCUGGCCGUCACCACCUGGAAUGCUCAUCAGGACCGGAAGAGAAGCUUUCAUUUCCAUUAUGGUGCACAGUUCUGUUCGACUUGAUAUUUCCUUCAUUAUCUCAUGUCAUUUCUCAUGGAUUUAGAUAUGUUGGACAGGAAGAAGGAGGAAGAGGAGAAAAAUGACAGAUCCUCCUUUUUUGUCAGGAUUUGGGCAUUUAAAAUGUGAUCGUCUCUUCUGAAUGUCAUUAUUUGAUCAAUUUUAUUUAUGUUACUUAAACAUCGUUGGAUAAAUUUGAACUCCAUGGGAUUUUAACCGUGGAGUCAGCUUCUGUUGGACAACUAGCUUCAUCUCCAGGUUUUCUGCCGGUUCAGCCUAAGUGGUCAUGUCCUAAUGCAUUCGAUUAUCAAAAAGUGUAAAUUCUGUGCGUGAGUGGUGUUGGCAGUGUUUGUAUACCAAGAUGCAUGGAGUGUUUGACAAAGAAACCAAAACACCAGAAAUGGCGAGCCUUUACCCUCCUCUAUUUCUUUAAUCUGCUGUUUGAAGAACCACGUUUUGAUGGUGUAACCAGUAGUUACCUCUGGGCCAGGUUGGAAUUGAAAUCAAUUUUUUAAACCACUAAUACUUGCCAAGAAAUCGCCUUAUGAGAACAUGGUGUGUGUCUCUGACAAUGCAUGGCGCAUCCAGAUUGAUCACUCAUGAUUUUAUCUACCCUGUCUUUGUACUGGAGAGUGGCAAAAGCCUGAGGCACCUACAUAUUUCUAUUCCGCGUGUUCCACACAUCUCAUGGCUGGGCUGAGCCCGAGCCUCCGACUCUUCCCAUUCCCGUACACGCAGGUCUCCAUGAAGAAGCUGGGACUCAUUCACAUUUCAAGAUCCAAGUGCUGUGCAAACAGCAUAAGCUUGAAGGGUCAUUUCUCAUUUUUUAAAAAAUGUCUCCAACAUGGAUUCCAAAGCAUUUUCAGCAUCAAACAUGAAAACAUUGAUGAAUGAGGAAUAAUCACAAAAGCUGUGUAUCUGUAUAUAGCUCUACACAACAUGUCUGUGGGUACAGCGUCAUUAUUUAAAGCACAUGCCAGGGAAAGAGACCAAAUUUUAAGGUCUUUUACAUACAGUGACAUGGUACUAAGGAGAACUUAACUCCUACUGCUUCCUCUGAAGAUUAAAAAAUAACUAAAGUUGUUAUAACUUCAUAAAACUCAUGACCAGUCUGGCAAAUAUGUGCAACUCUCAUUAUCGAUCCACUUUCUCGUCAAUGGAAGAAACCCUUCCACACGUAUGCAAGUGGGCAGUGAAAAUCUGCAUUCUUAAAAGGAUAAACAGUGAAGUUAAGCAUGAGUGGCCUUAAUAAAUACAGUUGUCUUUCUUUGCUGCUGUGGAAAGGAUUCUACACAGGUGUUCCUGAAGUCUUGCAUUGCAUUUAGUCGUUAUUAUUACUUUUCAAAGUGUUGGUGCAAUUAACUCUGGACCUCUCCCGUGAGCCAUUGAGGUAUUUAAAAGGCAGACACCUUAUUUGUCGAGGAAGAUGAAUCUGUGUCUGACUUGCACUGUUCAUCCUUGGUGCAUUAGGAGUAAUAUAUUCAAGCAGGUUUCUCGCUUCUGGCUUUGUUCUUGUCGUCAGUAAGUAUAGCGAACUAUGUAAAGCUUUCGUGUUGCAUAAACAAUCCAAAUACAUUCACGUUUAAAAAGUUUGUCGUUUAACUCUCAAAGGGAUUUAGGUUUCCAUUGGAGAAACGAGCAGAGUUCUUUGCAAGCACAUACAGCACAUUUUGACCUCAGGUCGCACUGCAAACCCAGGCCACAAACGCGUCCCCAUGAACAAUUUGGGUGUCCUGGGGUAGGCGGCCCCCAUGCCCCCUACAGCCAGAGCCUGACCUGAACUCUGCAGCUGAAUACUUGAAGUAGCACGAAAUCCGCGAGGGGAAUUAGGGUCCUCAAAGCAGAAAAAGCAACCAACCGUGUAUACUUAGCUCUUUCUAAGUAUGUGCCAAUUUUGUCACAGCUCUUGUUUGGGGGAUCAAUUUUUUGCCCCACUUUUGUUGGUUUAAAGUAUUAUCAAUCUUAACCAUUAGGGGGCAUCUUCUUUAGUCCCUUAAAAAUUAAAUUCUGUCUAACAUAGCAUCUUUUCCCAUCUCAUGUACUAUUCUCUGAUGUUGGGGGGGGGGUUACCAAAAAAUUCCCUUUACACAUCUUAAAUAAUAGUCUCUGGGUUUACAGCAAACACUGUGAUGUCGGGAAGAUCUUUCCGUUGCGCAAACGUUAGCAGGUACCCCUCCAAUCAUAACGAAGUUGGGAAAAAAAAAAGGUGAGGCUGACAUUUAGGAGAAGUUGGUCUUCUCGCUUUGUGUGAAAGCAGGCUUGUACUUUAUACCCCAUUUGAUUUUGAUGCACAGUCUCAAUUUUGUAUUUACUGAUUUUUGUGUAUCCAGUAUGCACGUUAAAAGCGUGUCAGCUUUCAUUUGAAAGUGGGUUUCAAUUUACUUUUUAAACAGUGUUUCUGAUGAGACCUCCAAUGUGUUGUCAUAAGCUCUACCUGAGAUGUUUUCGUGUAGAGUGGCGUUUGAAUGCUGCCAGGGGUCAAUGUAUCUAAUUCCCAGAGACCCUUGUUUGAUAGUGCUUCUUGUAAUUUUUCUUCAAGUGAGUGGCAUGUGGGUUGUGAAUAUUGACCAUGUGAUUAUGGACUUUGCUAUGAAAACAAUAAAUAAAACUAAGGAACCCUCAGAAACUACCAGUGGGCAUGUAUUAGCCAGUCAUUGUAACUUCGUGUCUAGUAGAAGUACAACAACGUACAAGGUAUGUACAGUUCAUAAAUUUGUUAUCAUGUGUAUGAGAAGUACUUUGUGCUGAUCGCCUUAUUUAUAUUCAUCAAAUAAACUUUGUUUCUUUCUGAA